AUGUAUCUUACUGUUCUCGAUCUCGAUGCAUGCUUAGUUUUUGCCAAUGGGUCCGCGGACUCCGGAAAUAUGAAGGUUAAAUGCUUGGAGGGCCCCGCACUUAAGGAGCUUUUCGCUAUUUUAGCUGAUGCCGCUAAUACGUCUGGAGUAAGGACGCGAUACUUUCGCGUUGAUGCACGAUCAAGUCCUUCUAAUGGAAGGAUAGGACAUAAUCGAUGUUCUCAUAAAGGCCAUGUCUGCUCGUAUGCUAUCAACUUCGGCAAGGGAUAGCAUGCUCAAUACGACCUUUUCCCGCAUCUAGUAGAAAGCUGGAGGCUCGUGGCCUGUCUUCUCCUUGAUCACUCGACUAGUCAGCUCCAUGAGUUGUUCUCCCAGCUCUUCGUUCCUCGCAAGUUCGCUGCCUGCCUCGAUUGCCGCGGGCGGACAUAUGUACUCGCCGCUGUUCUCAGUUUUGGUCACUGCGUAAAGCGUCGACAGAGCACCAUCGAAUUGAUCCUUUUUAAAUUGCUCCAACACCAACGACAUUCCGUAGCCUGCAAGCGGAUACGGUUCAUGGAUAUCGUCUUUGCUCAUCUUCGUCGACACAAUGCCAGGAUGCGUGGCAUUGGCUAGAAUUCGUGGGUUGUCCCUGGUCAGAUGUCGGGCUAGAUAUUUGCUAUAGAGAACGUUGGCUAGCUUUGCACGGCCAUACUGUGCCAACGGUCCAUAAUCCUUGUUGAGUUCAUUCAGAUCCGCGAAUGAGGUCUCCUUGGGGGCAGAUUCAUGAGCAUUAGAUGCCUGAUUCGAUAUUCGUACAAUGUGGCCAUCACUUGCCGUCUUCUUGAGCAGUGGUAAGAGAUGUGACGUGAGAAGAACAUGACCGAAAUGGUUCAGCGCCAUGUGUCUGUCCACUCCGUAACUUGUAUGCUCAGCAGUCAUGAUACCUCUGCCUGCGUUGUUCACCAAUAUAUCGAUCCGAUCUGUGG